GCCCGCUUCCGCUAUCUUUUUUAACUGAACGUGACGCCAUGUUGACCAAGACUAUGCGCUUGAAGUGAACGCGUAAAAUGUUCAAAAUAAUAAGUAUAUUUCAUUAUUUUCAAGUUAUGUGGAGUACCCAAUUGUACAUUGAAAAUUAAUUGACUCAAAUAUCAUAUUUUCAACUUCGGAUGACCGAUACAUUCGUGAAUAAUUUGUGAUUACAUGAUGAAUAGCCAGCGAUGAGCGAUGAAACUCCGGGGGCAGGGCAGGGUGCUCUGCCCCCGCGAGAGGGCCAAGGCCUUCGACCCUUGGUGGAGCGCCCUGCUGCUACAACAGGUCCUGCUAUGAGAUUGGCGCACGUGGUGGGCGGGCAGUACGUGCUCACCACGCAGCCGCACGGAAUGCCGGCUUUGACUCAGAUCAACCCAGGAAAUCUAUCUGGUAAUACAAAUCUAUCACCAACUGGUAUCACUCGCAUCAUAAGUAUUAGUCCAUCGAGAGUAGCUCAGACAACCACUUUGAGACCCAGUUUGGCCAACCAAUCCAUAGUGAACGUUCUCACUAAGCCUCGAACGAAUACGAACGUCCGGCUCCAGUUGUUUCCUACUUCGGAGAGUUCUGCGCCCAAUGUACAACACUCGGUACAUCAAAAGUCUGUCAAACGACCCCUGUCAACUGCGGUCGAAAAGAAAGACAGCUACGCCUCAAAGUUGCAGCACGUCAUGAACCAUCGAAUCGUUCGUUCCAAGUUGGUCAAGGAAAAAUACAACGAGCACCUAUUGGAAGCUUAUUAUCUAGAGAGCGGCAGCAACGUCUUGGAUUUGUACCAGUUUGCGAAGCGACCCAAAACCCAAGCGUACCUCGCUUACCUCAAAGAGCAUGCUCUCGAUCCUCAGGAGGCGAACAUCUUGCCUCCUACCACUCCCACAGCCACUUCAGUCAGCUCUCUACCAGGCAUUUCCCACACCUCCAGCGUUCAGACCAGCACUCCCACCGUUUCUGCUUCAGAUAACCUUUCCACUCCGAAAUCCUUCUCCAUCAAAACAAAAACGUCAACUAGUUCUACCGCUUCCAGCCAAGAGCAGAUCGUGGAAAAGGCCAAACAAGAAGCGUACGUGGUGCAGCGGAUAGCAGAUUUGCAAAAGGAAGGGCUAUGGUCGGAGAAGAGGUUGCCCAAGGUGCAAGACAUGCACCGCGCCAAAGCGCAUUGGGACUUUCUGCUGGAAGAGAUGGUUUGGCUGGCGGCCGAUUUUGCGCAGGAACGCAAAUGGAAGAAAGCCGCGGCCAAGAAGUGCGCCAGAAUGGUGCAGAAAUACUUCCAGGAUAAGGCGCUCGCCGCACAGAAAGCGGAGAAGGCCCAAGAGCAGAACCUCCGACGGAUAGCUAGUUUCUGUGCGAAGGAGGUGAAGAUCUUCUGGAGCAACGUGGAGAAGCUGGUCGAGUACAAGCAGAACACCAUCUUGGAGGAGAAGAGGAAGAGGGCUUUGGAUCAGCAGCUGAGCUUCAUCGUGGACCAGACGGAGAAAUACUCGCAGUUGCUGGCCGAAGGCAUGAACAAGACUGCUGAUUUGCCUGUUAGCGCUGUUUCGUCUAGGAGCGUGUCUCGAGCACAAUCCGAUACGGAGUUCCAUCCCGGUCAGCACAGUGACGACGACGAUGAGGAGACCAUAGAGCAGGAGGAGGCGGAAGGCAACGAGGGUCACAAAGAGGAGGUAGAGGCGUUGCGCAAGGAAUCUCAGAUGGAGCUGGACGAUUUGCUGGAGGACGAACUUUUGAGGGACUACCUUUUGAAUAGGGACAAGAUCAGGCUGAGCGAAUCCGAGGAUUCCGAUGACGAGUCGAUGAUGAAGUCUGAAUCGAAAAUGGAGGAACAGACGGUUUCUGAGGCGGAAGAUUCUGAUUCCAGAGAGGAUGAAGACGAGGAAUCGGAAGAGGAGAGCGAGGAGGAGACCCAGCAGUCGGAUGUGGCCAGCCAAGGUGACCAUGAUGAACUCAAGUUGUUGGUUGAAGAUUCUCAUAAAGAGGGAGAAGAAAAAAAGACUGAUGAAGAUAAUAAAGAUAAGAUUAUUGAUGAUGCUGCAGCUAUUGCAGAAAGUAUACAGCCUAAAGGCAAUACUUUAUCAUCUACAAAUGUGUCAACGAAAAUCCCCUUUUUAUUAAAAUUUUCUUUGAGAGAGUACCAGCACAUCGGUUUGGAUUGGUUAGUGACAAUGUACGAAAGAAAAUUGAACGGAAUCUUGGCCGACGAAAUGGGUCUCGGUAAAACCAUCCAAACUAUUGCCCUACUAGCUCAUCUGGCAUGCGAAAAAGAAAAUUGGGGACCGCAUUUGAUAGUGGUGCCGACCUCCGUCAUGUUGAAUUGGGAAAUGGAAUGUAAAAAGUGGUGUCCCGCUUUCAAAAUCCUAACAUAUUACGGCAGCCAGAAGGAACGCAAACUGAAACGUACAGGGUGGACUAAGCCUAACGCCUUUCACAUAUGUAUCACGUCUUACAAGCUAGUCAUUCAGGAUCAUCAGAGUUUUCGGAGGAAGAAGUGGAAGUACCUGAUACUGGACGAGGCGCAGAAUAUCAAAAAUUUCAAGUCUCAACGGUGGCAACUGCUCUUGAACUUCCAAACGCAACAGCGAUUAUUACUAACCGGUACUCCGCUGCAAAAUAAUUUGAUGGAACUGUGGUCCUUGAUGCACUUUCUGAUGCCCAACGUAUUUCAGUCGCAUCGAGAGUUCAAGGAAUGGUUCUCCAAUCCCGUGACAGGGAUGAUUGAGGGAAACUCGGAAUACAAUGAAAAUAUCAUCAAAAGAUUACACAAGGUACUGAGACCGUUCCUGCUGAGAAGGCUGAAAUCCGAAGUGGAAAAGCAAAUGCCGAAAAAAUAUGAGCACGUGGUAGUGUGUCGACUGUCAAAGAGACAGAGAUACUUGUACGACGAUUACAUGUCACGAGCAAAGACGCGAGAAACCCUUGUGAGUGGAAACAUGCUGAGCGUUAUUAACGUGCUGAUGCAGCUGAGGAAAGUGUGCAACCAUCCGAAUUUGUUCGAAGUCAGACCGACGAUAUCGCCGUUUCAAUGCGAAGGCAUCACUUUGCACGUACCUUCCAUCGUGUACUCAGCUUUGGAUUAUGAUCCCGAUAAGCACGUCAACUUGGAAGCCCUCAACCUCCUCCUCAUCAUGCAAGAAAUCCACUUCGGCUCGUACCAGUGCUACCGCAUGCGGCAAUCGAGGCACUCGAGGCGCAUCGUCGAACUGGGCCCGCCCGACCGCCCCGCCUGCCCGCCGUGCAAGCUGGCGAUGCGCGUGCUACCCGGCAAGACUCCUCCCGUUCUGGCUGGUGGGCGUGGCAGGGCGGAGAGGAAGGAGGGGGCGGUGGUGGGGGUGGGGCAGCCGCCGCCGCCGUUGCAGUUCAAGGGGCUGGCGCCGCAGAACGUGAAGGUGAAGGUGGCCGGCAUGCAGGUGUUGAAUCAGCAGGGGAUACUGAAGACCAUACCAGUUGUUAAUAUAUCACAAGGGGCCACUGGGCAAAUAGGAAAUCCAGUGAAUGUGACGUCAUUACUGAAACCGGCAGACAAAAUUUCUGCCAGUUUUGCCCAAUUGGUGCAGACAUCAACGGGCAAACAUUUGCUGUUGACUUCUAAUCCCAAUAUAACGGCAAAUAUACCUGUAACAUCAACGUCAGGUGGACAGAAACUGACUUUUUUAUCAAAACAACCAGUCUCGACCAUCGGCAAUACAGGUCAUGCAGUGACGAAAGCAUUCGUCAAAUUCCAAAUCACGUCUGUUACAACUGGUACUACUUUAUCAACUGUAACAACUAAUUCCAGUGGAGUAUCGAUGGUGAAAAACGACGAUAAAAUGCGGACGCAAAUCGGCAACGAUUAUAUAGGUAGACUUUAUUCUAAACAAAACAGUUUGGAUGUGCGAUGGCAGAAUGAUGAUAAUGCUGCUAGUUUAUCGAAUGAAGAUGACCCGAAGGGAGAACGUAAAAGUCGAUUACAAUUGAUGACAAGUAUUAAUAAACGUAGAUGUUCCGCUCUUCCAUUAUAUGGAAGAGAUUUUCAAGAUGCAGUGAAAAUAUUUUCUCCCAACAAAGUCGACCCUUGGCAAGGAGGAACCAUUCACUGUCUCAAUACCAUGUAUAAUAAAACGAUUGUUGAGACUACAAGCUGCCUUAGUGAUAUGUUGUAUAGUCCAGAAAGACGAAUUGACACCCUCAAAGACAUAUGUGAUAGAUUCAUUUUUUACGUGCCCGCCGUGAAAUCGUGCGAGCCGGCCCUGCGCGUAUGGCACCCGCCGCCCAGCAAGUAUUGGGGCCAGCAGGAGCAGAAACUGCUCAUCCAACGGCUGUUCUCGAAACCUUCCACGCCUCUGCACCAUUUGGCUUCGGCCACGGUGACUCAGUUUCCUGAUCCGCGGCUCAUCCAAUACGAUUGCGGGAAGUUGCAGACGAUGGACCGGCUGCUGAGGACGCUCAAGGGGGGUGGUCAUCGCGUACUGAUCUUCACGCAAAUGACGAAAAUGCUGGACGUUUUGGAGGCUUUCCUCAACUUCCACGGACACAUCUAUUUGAGGUUGGACGGGACGACCAAGGUGGAUCAACGGCAGGUCCUGAUGGAGCGCUUCAACGGCGACAAGCGCAUCUUCGCGUUCAUCCUGUCGACGCGCUCCGGCGGCGUCGGCGUCAACCUCACCGGCGCCGACACCGUCGUCUUCUACGAUUCCGAUUGGAAUCCGACGAUGGACGCGCAGGCGCAGGACAGGUGCCAUCGCAUUGGGCAGACGAGGGACGUGCACAUCUAUCGGUUGGUGAGCGAAAGGACCAUCGAGGAGAAUAUAUUGAAGAAGGCCAAUCAGAAGCGGUUGCUGGGCGAUUUGGCGAUCGAGGGGGGCAAUUUCACAACGGCCUUUUUCAAAAGUUCGACCAUACACGACCUGUUCGACGUCGACCAAACCGACCCAGCCGCCCCUCACCGCCCCUCCGACCCCAAAAACCACAAAGCACUCCACCCCGUCCCGUCGACCGACGAGGAGAAACCGUCGACGGGAUCGAUGGGGGCGAUGGGGGUGCUGGAGAGCGCGCUGGCCUCGUGCGAGGACGACCAGGACGUGCAGGCGGCCAAAUGGGCCAAGGCGGAGGCGGUGGCCGAUCUGGCCGAGUUCGACGAGGACAUUCCGCUGGAGGAGCAGGAGAGGGAGAGGGAGCCGGAGAUGAGCAGGGCGGAGGUGGAGAUCAACAACAUCAUCGACAAGCUCUCGCCGAUCGAAAAGUACGCCAUGAAGUUCAUCGAGACGACGGAAUCGGCAUGGUCGGCCGAACAGCUCGCCGCCGCCGAAAGGGAAAUCGAACAGCAGAAACGCGAAUGGGAACAGGACCGCCUGGCCGCCAUGCGCGAGGAAGAGGAGCGGCGCGUGCGCGAACUAGAAGAGGACGGCGACAUCCUAACGUUUUCGCGCGAGGACGCCACCAAUCAGAUCUGGGUUUCUGAUAACAACACGGAACAUAUGCCUAUGUGGUGUCCUCCCACUCCGCCUCAGCAAGAGAACGACAUCUACAUAGAUCAGACCAUGGCGUUUCUGUACGACACAAACAUAAUGGGAGAAAUGCAGUUGCCCCCGAUAUAUGUCAAGAGAGAGGCCAAAAGGAGUAGAUUGGAGGCGGGACUAGUAGAAAGCCGGAGAGCUCUGAAAAUACCUCGCAAGGAAGAAUCGACCAACGCCCCCAAAUCUCUGUUCCACUCUGCGACAAUUCUGAAGAUGCGACGCGAUAUGAAACUUCAGAAAUAUAGGGGGUUAGCUAGACCAUCCAUUCCGCUUCCCGGUAAAUCCAGCGUACAAAAACAGUCGGUGGAACAGCCCCUAUUCCACGAUUGGACGAUACACGAGGACAUGGCCCUCUUGAAAGUCAUCCAGAACUUCCAAGGCCUACCUCUCAACUUGAUCGUCAUGAACCCAGGCCACACCCCCAACUGGGACUUCGUCUCCGACUACGUCAACACCGUGUCCAUCUCGUACAGAUCCCCCAAACAAUGCCGGCAAAGGUACGAGUCGCAUCUGAUGCUGCGCGAAGAAGGCAAACAAAUGGGCCUGGAAAGCUACCUCAGAAAGAAGAAGAACAAAGCCGGCGUGCAAAAGUUCCCGCUGCCGGCAAAGUCCAACCGUUCUAUGCGCACCUCGCAAAUCUACACGCAAGACAACAACUCCACCUUCUCCCAGAUCAUGUGCGAUCGGUUCGACUGUCUGCGCACCAUUGCCAAUAAAAAGAUGUCGACGACGCGCACGGUUGCCAACAAUCCGCUUAUCAACAAGACGAAGAGUACGCCCGUGUCGAACGAGUGCGGCAUCGAUUUGGAGCAUCCAGUGUUGCCGGUGGAGGUGGCCGCGCGAAGGGCCGAGCGCUUGGCGAAAGAGAAGAAGAAUCUGACGGCCGAACAGAAGCAGUUCGCCGCCAGGUUGCAUCUGAUGAAGGGCAUCAUCGCCAAUCAGCAGCAGGCGCAGAGCGCGGCAGGCGGCGGGACGAAUGGCGGGGCUGCGGCGAAUGCGGCGGCGGGUGGGAGCUCGCAGAUCGUGACGCAGGCCGGUGGUGGGGGUGCUGCCGUCGCAGGCGUGUCGGUGUCCGCUCCGGGAACGCCUCCCACCGCCCUCCGUACGCAACGGAUAAUCGCCUCGCCCAUCCAAACGUCGACGAUGGUGUCGGUGUCGGGCCUCAGUCCGGCCACGCACCGCCUCAUCGUCUCCGCCAAUUCCGGCCUGCCCGGCAAAACGGUGGUGGCCACCUCGACGCCCUCGCCCGCCUCCAGCAAGGCCAUAGGGCAGGCGCAGCUGGCCAUGAUCAGACAGGCGAACUUGAAGCAGCAGCUGCGGCUGCACCACGCCUCGCCCUCGGGCGCGGUAAAGACAUCGACGGUGACUAUCGGCGGGCAGCAGGCGGUGGUGCAGUUGACGCAGGCGCAGCAGCAGCAGCAGAGGCCGCAGUUCGUGAGACAGGGUACGGUGACGGUGGGUGGCAAGACCGGCCUAUCUCGACCAGUCACCGAGAGCGAGGUGGCCGCGCUGCUCAAGAAGCAGCAGCUGCAGCAGCAGAAGCUGCUUAACGCGGGAGGGGCGGCCGGGAGCGGCGGCGCGCAGUUGCAGGGCCUGUCGCCGCAGGUGCUGGCGCAGGCGAUGCAGGCGGGCGGCGUCGGGACGCCCGUCGCCACGCUGGUCAAGGCUGCGUCUUCGGCUGGAGGUAACUAUCAUUAUGCGGUCACCCAGUCCGUCUCCAUCCCCGUCACCGGCGUCACUCUGACCGCGCACGGCAGCAAAACCCUAACGCCCACCCUGAAAACCACCAACGCCAACCAGUUGCGCCAGCUGCAACUGCAGCAGCAGCUUCUAGCCCAGAAGAAGCUGAACGCGCAGAAGCUGAUGGGCCAGGUAACCGGCAAGGGUGGGGCGGUGCAGACGCAGCUGAUCGUCGGCGCGAAGCCGCUGUCAGCCGCCAUGACGGUGCAGCAGUUCCAGCAGGUGAUCAGGUCGCCGAUGGGCGUGGCUCAGGGACCGGUCGUGCUGACCAAGGCGCCGCAGCGGGUCAUUCCGGUGAACGCUGCUCAGGGAAGCAAGCAGACGAUACAGGUCGUUGCCGCCACGUCGCAACUGAACACCGCCCUGCGCCCCUCGAGCACCUCGACCUUAGCCGGCGCCCUCGCCGGCAUCAAGGUCCAGGGGGCGGGCCAAGGCCAGCCCACGUUGCUCUCGCAGGUGUCUGCAGCGCUGGGGCAGAACGCGGGCAUGCGCCAGGGCAGCCCGGUGCGCAUACAGACGUCGAACGGCACGCCCAUCGUGGCGGUGAGCGUGCAAAACGUGCAGCCGCAGCAGCAGCAGCAGCAUCAAACGACGAGCGGCGAUCACGUGAGUAGGUUUCUGAAGAAGUGAGCGCCAUCGGUGAUUUGCAGUGAACUGCGAGUUACAGAACUGGAAGGAGAUGACCAAAGGAACUAUACAGAGUGGGCCUUUGAAAACGAAACAGAGGCUCUGUAGGUCGCCAAAACCGGAUUAUCAAAAAAAACUGAAACAGGUCAACUACAUUUUCGAGGGGGACAUCUUUCUGAAAUAUUUUCAGCCCUGCGGCGUUGCCGCUUCUAACGAAAAGAAGCAACAACUUUGUUAUUUCAAAUGGAACACCUUGUAUUUUAUUGCAUUUUUAGGUUCUCCCCGAAGAGCUGAUUUCAUCAAUGCAUCACACUUGGGGUCUAGCUGUAAUGGUUUCAGGGAUAUAAAGUGUUCAAAAUCGAGAUUUUUCAACUUUAACAUUUUUUUUGUGUCGAAACUAUUCAUUAUUGGUCAAAACGGCUCUCAUGUCGCUAUCUCAACUUGUGAUUUACUAUCUACUGACAUUUAUUUGAAACAAAUACAGGGUGGUUCAAGAUUCAAAAUUCUGAUCACCCUGUAUCUGUUCCAAUUGAAUGUUAGUAGAUAGUGAAUCACAAGUUGAGAUAGGGACAUGGGAGUCGUUUUGACCAAUAAUGAACAGUUUCGACACAAAAAAAUGUUAAAGUUGAAAAAUCUCGAUUUUGAACACUUUAUAUCCCUGAAACCAUUACAGCUAGACCCCAAGUGUGAUGCAUUGAUGAAAUCAGCUCUUCGGGGAGAAUCUAAAAAUGCAUUAAAAUACAAGGUGUUCCAUUUGAAAUAACAAAGUUGUUGCUUCUUUUCGUUAGCAGCGGCAACGCCGCAGGGCUGAAAAUAUUGUAGUACGAUGUCCCCCUCGAAAAUGUAGUUGACGUGUUUCAGAUUUUUUUCAUAAUCCGGUUUUGGCGACCUACAGAGCCUCUGUUUCGUUUUCAAAUGCCCACUCUGUAUAAUAAAUACUGAGACUAGGAUGCCGAUGCAAUAGAUCAAAAGUGUGGGCCCAUCGUUAAUUCGCAUGUGCAGAAUUUGGUUCAUUUUGAACAGGGCUAGCUGUUAUUAACCUUUGCACUGCGAAUAGCGUUUUUGAAUAAUUCUGGUCUUUUUUACGGCUGUUCUGGGCUGGUGCUGAUCAACGCGGUUCCCGCAGUUAUGUGGGGAAAUAAUCUCGUGAACAUAUAAGGUUCCCGCAGGGAACCGAUAAAUUGAUCCAGAGCCGUACUCAGAAUUUUCUAGAGAAUUUGGAAAACCUUUCAUUUCGAUAAUGAAAUACUUGGAGUUAACCCUCUCAUAAUUUCCAAAUGAAAUAUUGGAACAACUCAUUCGAUGAAGUUAUAAUAAUACGCUAUUCAUUUUUUCAUGUGUCUGACACUGUUUUCCCGGGAACCAUAAAAAACUGAAUUACUGUGAAGUCUUGAGGUCACAUCGAGACGAACUGUUGCCACAAGCCAAACUAACAUGAAUUCGAGUUUUCAAGAACCAACACGUCCAAAGUCGUUCCCGCAGUGAAGCGCUAGGGUUGUGAAACUUUUUGUAAUCGUCUAGCGACAGAGUACCAUCUAUAUGCAACACAAAACACAAUUAUAAUCGCGUGUACAGUCGCUUCCCGCCGUUAACCCAAAAAAGUUAGUGUGUAUUUAUCUGGUUCCCGAAGUGAAAAGAUUAAGGAUGCAAAUGUGAUGGAUAAAUAUCAGAAUAUUCAAAUCAGCUGUCCGACAUCUUCAUCAGCAAUUACAAUGAAUAUCUUACAGGUUACUGAAUUAGGAAAAUUUGAACAAAACGUUCAAACUUACAUAAACAAUGAUUCAGAAAUUGGUCUGAUUCAACCAACUGGACCAUUAUAUUUUUCUCUGCUAGUGCCUUUUCUAUGAUAUUAUUCCAAUUUUAUUAUGUUAAACCUUUCAUGAUGGAUAUAAUGGUACAUUAUUUGUGGGAGUGAAUUUGAUUUUAUAUACAUCCUAAUAUUUCCCUCAGUAGGUAUUGCAUAUAGCAUUUUUAUCACUCAAGUGCUCUGUUGUGGGAUCUCUUCAAUUUUUCUUGGACCAUAACACUGAAGAAGAACUCAUUGUUUAUGCUGAUUUUGUACAGAAAGAAUACUUCUGGCAACUGCGAUCACAAGCACUUCUUAAAUCCAUCAGCUUUCAAACAAAUAUAUACAAAACUAACAAAACUAUUGCCUACUGGAAAGAUAAUCAGCAAGAGAGCGAUGUAAAAAAUGUGAAGGAUCUUUAUCGAAAAAGUAAUAUGAAAAUUCGAAAUUAAAACCGUCUCUGCAAAAUGCGAAUGAAAACGAACAAUGCCUGUUGUCAUCAGGAAUCAGUGUCAAGGUUGCCUAACUCAGCUGAUGGUUAUCAACUAACUUUCUCAUCGGAUUCAAAUUUAGAAUAGUCCAAAUACAAAAUGAUGGCACAGUAUUUAUUUACGUUCACAAUUCUGUACAAAACAUGUUGAAUAUCUAGUCUUGUAUCGUUUUUUUUUUUUUUCGUCUAGGAGAGCAUGAACUAAAUUUCUAUAAUAGUUUCAUCAAUAACUCUUUUGAAAAUCUGGCAACGUUGUAGUUCAAGGAAACUAAAACUGAGCAUGCUCACAUCAAUAAACAAGUCGCAUGUGCGACACGCCUUUUGCUGUGAAAGUUGAUGGGGACAAUCCCCAUUCUAGUGUCAGUAUAUGUAUAUAAUAUCAUUUCUAUGAAGAUAACAGGCAAUUCGCAAGUGUAGGAUAUCAAUCUUUCACCAUCUGAGGUGAUUCAUCUAAAAAAAAUCUCACAGUGGACUGAGGACAAUAGAGUGGGAGAAAUUCAUACGGUCAACUCCACCAAAACUAUGCUUUAUUUUAACAAUUAGGACAUGUUUUGACUACCUAGGAGUACUGUUCUGGGGAAAAUUGUAUAUUCACAUGUUGCAAAAGUGGGAAAGUUGACGAACAUAUUACAUAAUUAAAUUAAAUACAAAGAGGAGACUGUAAUCAAAUGCGGUUCACCUCUAUCAAGGAACAAUACCACAUAUGGUGGGAUUAACAGAAGGCUUGAGAAUUGUAGAUCAGAAUAUUUUCUUUGAAGCUUCGAAACACACACACUUGAUCGGCACUUUCUAUUUCACUGUGUGGGUAUCUCUGGAGCUACUCCAGAGCAAGAAAAAUGGGCAAGAACACGUUCUUUUUGGUGAGUGCUUGAAGCCCCUGAGCUUCACAGUACUACACCAUCUACCUUCCCCUACCCUUCGGUCACUGUCAAGUGACAAGCUAUUUUGGUUGUUCAAUGAUUAUUUUGUUUUUUCAUGUAUCAAAAUAGCACAGAAUCCGACAUUAUCAAGAUAGAUUGGCUAUAUUUCAAUAUUUCCUGAAGGUAAACAAUAAGAGCGCAUGCCCAGUUUCUUUCAUUGUAAAAUUUCACUGAAAUGCGUUCUAUUUGGGAGUAGCUCAACAUCAAAAAGAAAGUAACUGAUGUCCCCCUGAUGGUCCUUUCCAGUUCUGUAUAAGUUGGAGUUCAUUGCCGAUAUAACCUACUAUCUAUUUUGUAACCUUCAGAUAGUCGAUUUUUGUUGAAAUGGUUCAUUUAAAUGACAAAUCUCCUAUCUUUGAAAUGCUUUUCCUAUAAAAACCCCCGAUUCCUCUUACCCCUAGCAACUCCUAACUUCCUAAUUUUAGAGGCUGAAGUUUUCGUUGAAAACCCCCGUAUGCGCAAGCUUCAUGAGAUCCAAUUCGGUCCCGUAAAUGGAUGAACUUUUUUCUCAUGACAUUAGCGAUGUGGAUGGUAGGUUAUGUCGACGUUGAGCGCACUUGAUGUUAUUUGGUUAGAGCUGAUGUGUGUAUUUUUUGCCUUGUACUCUCGACGAUGGCGGGAUAACAUUAGUCUGCUUGGCCGCCAGGUGGCGCUACUGAACACUGAUCAUCUUCGAGAUGUAUCUUUGGUCGCAAUAUAAAAUUGAUGAUGAUUAUCAACUGUCUAUAGUAUAUCCAAAUCCAAGAGGCCAGCGGUAAACAAACUGACUAACGCGUGAUCGUAUUUGAAAUACUCUUUUAUUGGUCAAAGUGCCAGGAACUCCAUAUCUGUAGGCGAGAGUAGGGGUGUACGACAGUGUUGCCAACUUAGUGGAUUUCACAGUAGAACUGGUGGUUUGAGUUUUCGUUUUAUGACAAAAUAUGGCAUCUAGUGGAUGGUGUUUAUUUUGGUGAAUUUUUUCAAAUAAAUCGUAAAUUCUGGUGGUUCAGGACCUGCAUCCAAAAUUCUCCUUGUUUCAAUGAAAAAGCUAAUGUUAAAAAUAUGGAACAAAGAAACCAGUUUCAACUGAAAUUUCUUUCUA